CAAUUUGCAAAAAAUAGAAAAUCUCAUAUUCCCACAUUUAACGGACCCAUUUUUUUGUUUCUCAAAAAAUAAAAAUAAAAAAUUCCAAUCCAUGCUGUAAAUUUGUUCCGUUUGUAUUGCAGUCCUUGGAAGAUUUCUUCACCAAGAUCUGGUCCCCUUCACUUUCUCUACCUCAUUCAUUUUCUCUUCCACCCUUUUGUUCACAGAGGCCUCGUGCCCAUCAACUUCUUUUGUCAUAUUUACUAUUAUUACUAUUAUUUAUUUUUUUGGGGUUUCUCCUCGAGGAGAGAGAGUUUUCUAAGCUCAACAGGGAUCUGGGAAUUCUGUAUGGAGAAUAUGAAUCUAUAGGAAAUGGGGAAGAAAGGGGGUUGGUUUUCUGCAGUUAGAAAAGCUCUCAGUCCCGAUUCCAAGGAGAAGCGCGAUCAGAAAAACCGGAAGUCAAAGAAAAAAUGGUUUGGGAAGCAAAAGAAUGAUACUGUGGAUGAUGAUGUGGUUUCUCCUACCGAAGAAACUGCAUUGGCUGCUCCCACCACUCCCCCUCCUGUAGAAGAUGAAAAACUAACCGAGCCCCAGAAUGAUCAGAGCAAGCAUGCUUACUCUGUGGCACUUGCCACCGCCGUGGCUGCUGAGGCGGCUGUAGCCGCUGCUCAGGCUGCCGCUGAGGUUGUUCGUCUAACUACGGUGCCUUAUUAUGGUGGGAAAACAAAGGAGGAGAUAGCAGCUAUCACAAUUCAGACGGCUUUCCGUGGUUACUUGGCAAGGAGAGCUCUACGGGCUUUGAGAGGGUUGGUUAGGUUGAAGACACUGAUACAGGGCCAGUCUGUUAAAAGGCAAGCUACAACCACAUUAAGAUGCAUGCAGACUCUUGCCCGUGUGCAGUCUCAGAUUCGUGCGAGGAGAAUUAGAAUGUCUGAGGAGAAUCAGGCGCUUCAGAGGCAGCUUCAACAGAAAAGAGAAAAAGAGUUUGAGAAGAUGAGAGCUUCUAUGGGAGAAGACUGGGAUGAUAGCACUCAAUCAAAGGAACAAGUUGAAGCAAAAGUAAUGAACAAACAAGAGGCUGCUAUGAGAAGAGAAAGGGCUCUGGCUUAUGCAUUUUCUCAUCAGCAAAUAGGGAAGAACUCAUCAAAAUCUGCAAAUCCUACAUUCAUGGAUCCCAACAAUCCCCAUUGGGGUUGGAGUUGGUUAGAACGAUGGAUGGCAGCUCGGCCAUGGGAGAGCAAAAGCACAGUAGAUAACAAUGACCGCGCUUCCAUAAAGAGCGCAGCAAGCCAUGUCAUGUCUCUUGGAGAAAUUACCAAGGCUUACUACAGUCGUGAUGACAGUGACCACGGUAGUAAGGCAUCACCUGUUCCUAAGAAAUCAAACCGUCUUGCUAGUCGCCAUUCCCCUUCAACACCUAUUUCCAAGACACCAACAUCAUCGUCAUUGACUGGUAAAACCCCAAAGGCAAAUGGCUGGGGUGGAGAUGAGGACUCGAGGAGUGUGUUCAGUGUCCAAUCUGAGCGUUACCGGAGGCAUAGCAUUGCAGGGUCUUCAGUAAGAGACGACGAGAGCCUUGCAAGCUCACCUGCUGUUCCAAGUUACAUGGCACCUACACAUUCGGCAAAGGCUAAGUCUCGGUUGCCAAGCCCACUAAGCGUGGAGAAGAAUGGGACACCAGAGAAGGGAUCUGUGAGUUCUGCAAAGAAACGGCUGACAUUCCCUGGUACCCCAGUUGGAUCGAGGAGACAUUCUGGUCCUCCUAAGGUUGAUAUUAGCACUAUUAAGGAUGCUGCAGCGCUUACAGAGGCGAAAGUUGCCAGUGGAGGAGGAAGCAGGUAGUGCAUGGGAAAAGAAAGAAGGAAUAACUUAGAUAGAUAUUCAGGGAGAAGAUUGAAUAAAAGAUGGGAUUUGUUUACAUUGCCAUCUUCCUAAGCUACACCUCUUGUUCAAGUUCAAGGUGUGAUGGGAAAAAGGGAGAAUAAAAAUGGUUUGUCAUUUUCAAUUGUACUUGCAGUGGUCGGUGUUAACGUCUACAUCUUUGUCUUCUUCUUCUCGUUUAUAGCUAUUUGUUGGAGGAUUGGGUUUGGGGGUGAUGUUAGUUCAAAGUAAAAGCACGCAGUUGAUAAUUUACAUUGGUCGUAGUUCUGUGGUGAUUGCUUCUCUUGUAUUUUUUUUUUUUUUCCUUUUAUUUUUCCCUGUUGCUAAGCUUAACUGGGUUCUUGAGGAUGCCAAAGAAAUCCAGGGCACUAUGUUAACAACAUUUUAUGACACUUUUCAUUUGUAUCUUAUAUGUCAGGAAUAUCUAAUUAUCUAAGUAUUUGGCCAUCCUUACAGAUUUGCCCUGUAACUUCCUAGCAAGAAAUUCAUUUGGACAAAAA